UGUUGAUGCCAUUGCAAGGUAAAUUACAAGAGCAACAAGAAAGAGAGAAAACAAAGUCUGGCCAAGAAGGGGAAAAAAAGAACAAGAAAAGAAGGAAAGCAGAGUUCGGAGAAGCCGAGAAAAAGAGAGAGAGGGGUUACGCUGUAUGCACGCUUGGGAGAUUUCGACAAGCCGGAUUAAUUCUGUUUCGUAGUAACUCAAGUAAGGUGUGAUCGAAUGGAUGGACCCAAGAGAAGGGUCCAUCUCUUCUAUAAUACACUGCUGGUUUUCCAACCAACCCCCCAACCGAACCAUGACUGCUACUCCUCCAUCAAGAACCUCUCUGCUCAUGCUCCCGGACUCCCACGGGCUCGCGACCCUGGCGCGGUGGCUCCGUCGCUACGAACCGCCUCCUUCUUCCUGGCAAACGGAUUGGCAACAUCACGAAACACCAAGCAGCUCCGAAACUAGCGUCGGUCGAAGGUCCAAUUCUGCGAGAGCCACAGUUCUGAUCUGCCUCUUCGAAGGCGGCGACUACGACGGGGAUCUGCGUGUCGUCCUCACCAAACGCGCCUCCACGCUUUCCUCUCACCCAGGAGAAGUUUCAUCGCCUGGUGGGAAACGGGAGGAAGGCGAUGCUGACGACGUAGCGACGGCUUUGAGGGAGGCCAAGGAGGAGAUCGGGUUGGACCCAUCUCUUGUUGAAGUCGUCACUGUUCUUCAACCAUAUGCGACCAAGAUCGGUAUCAUGGUGGUUCCUGUGGUUGGCAUUCUUUUCGACAAGAAUGCAUAUCGUCCAGCCCCGAAUCCAGCUGAGGUGGAAGUGAUCUUCAACGUGCCCUUAGAAAUGUUUCUUCAGGACGAGAACAGAAGAGCGGAGGAGGAGUGGGUGGGAGAGAAGUAUCUGCUCCAUCAUUUCGACUAUCAAACAGCAGAUAAGAAAUAUGUUAUAUUUGCUCUAACAGCUGGAACAUUGAUAAAGAUCGCAUCAGUCGUGUACCAGCGGCCACCGGCAUUUACAGAGCGCUGUCCAAAAUUUUGGCAUUCCUGGGAUGUUCCUCUGUCCAGUUGCAUAAUCACUAACAAUCUCAAUACAGUUCUUAUCUUAACAUUCUGAGAGUA